GAGAGGAAAUGCAGCUCAGGAUAGAGACCAGCAGCUCUGGGUGCGACAGGGGGACCCUGCCAGCAAAAGAGGGAGGCAGAGACCGCCAAGCUUCCCUUCUCCACCUGGAAGGCAGAAGAGCCACCAGCACAAUCUAGGCUCAGCAGUGUUGUUGAAAGCAGGUGUGUGAAGAGGCAGGGAGCCCGGCCGCCGCCCCGCCGCCCUGCCCCGGGAGCCGGAGGGCAGGAGCCAGCCCUGAGCGGCGGAGCAGCGAGGCAGCCCCCUCCCGCCCCGGGCGGAGCGAUGGAUCGUGGAGCCGCAGCGCCGGGGAACUGUCCGCGGUCCUGAGAUGCCCGCGCCGGGUCCCUGUCUGCGGGAAGAGGCGCUGGGCUCCCGCUGCCCCCCCUGAACCGGUGCGGCAGGGUCUGUCCCCCCUGCGCGGCCGCUGGAGCCCGGGGCCUGAGCCGUCGGCACAGGGAUGCAGGAUGCACCCGCUCUGGAGGAUGGAUCACUUUUUCAUCUACAUCAACGCAGCCCUGUUGUUUUAUUUUAGCUAUGCCAGCCUGUUCCUCGUGGAGGCAGACAGCCCAUCCGCCCCAGUCAAUGUCACAGUCAAACAUCUGAAGGCCAACUCGGCUGUUGUGACCUGGGAUGUUCUGGAGGAUGAAGUUGUUAUUGGAUUUGCAAUCUCCCAGCAGAAGAAGGAUGUGCGGAUGCUGCGCUUUAUCCAAGAGGUGAACACCACCACCCGCUCGUGCGCCCUCUGGGACCUGGAGGAGGACACCGAGUACAUUGUGCACGUCCAGUCCAUCAGCAUCCAGGGCCAGAGUCCCGCCAGUGAACCCGUCCUCUUCAAGACCCCCAGGGAAGCCGAGAAGCUGGCUUCAAAGAAUAAAGAUGAGGUGACGAUGAAGGAGAUGGGGAAGAACCAGCAGCUGCGAGCUGGGGAAAUUCUCAUCAUUGUCGUGGUGUUAUUCAUGUGGGCAGGAGUGAUCGCCCUGUUUUGCAGGCAGUAUGACAUCAUCAAAGAUAACGAACCAAAUAACAACAAGGAGAAAGCCAAGAGUGCGUCUGAGAGCAGCACUCCGGAGCACCAGAGCGGAGGGCUCCUGCGCAGCAAGUUUCCAAAAAACAAGCCUUCAGUGAAUAUCAUCGAAGCAUGACAGCCUGCCAUCCGAUAGAUGGACUCCAUUUCUCGCUCUCCCUCUCUGCUUCUGAGCCCUGAUGACUGGGGAAGUGAAAUACUGUUGGAGAGGUUUGGAGAGACCUACUGGUUGUCAAGUUCUGGCAUAAAUCUCCUUGCCCUUGCUCUGCAAAAGACAACUGGAGAGAGAGAAAAAAUCCUGAAAAAAAAAAAACCCACAUAAGCCACUGUCUGAGAAGGAAAAGCUUCUGUGAAACUGAUGCCUCAGGCGAUUCUGUAUCGGACUCACAAUUCACCCAGGCUGCAACAAAUCCCAACAGACUCAUCUUCCACCCUCCCGCCGCCUCUCUCCCCUGGAGCGAUUUGCCUCUCUUUGGAGAUCACACAAUUUCAUUGUAUUUUGCUUCACUGUCGCCGCGUGUUGACAGCAUCAACAUGGGCUCAGGCUGCAUUUGCCACUUCUCUUCAGAGAACCGAGAAAGAAACAGUAGACAGUGGCAUAGAAAAGGAUUGUGGCUGCGGUGUACUCUAAUCUCACUCCAUAGCACUCAUGUGUGGCGUGUAAUACAUUUUGCAGGUGGGAUUUUUUUGUAUGUUUGUUUUUAACAAAGGCACAUUACAGUUUCCAUCUGGAUGGUCACCACUUUGCCGGCAGCUCUCCAGUUGA